CUACCCUCUCUCUCUCUCACUCUCUCUCUCUCUCACUCACUCAAACAAGGGAAACAGCAUAGCGAUGAACGGCAGCGCAACGAUGAGCACGGCCGACUUUGGCACCAAGCAUGUCGCAAGGGGCAUCGGCCGGCUAACGCCCUUUGUCCUGGCCCGUGGCGAAGGCUCGUACGUCUAUGACGAAGAGGACAACAAGAUGCUCGACCUCACCACGGGUAUCGGUGUCGUCAACCUCGGCCACUGCCACCCUGCGGUGACUAAGGCGGCCCAGGAGCAGGUCGGCAAGAUGGUCCACGCCCAGGUCAACAUUGGCUUCAACAAGGCCUACGUCGACUUUGUCCGCGCCCUCCUGCCCAAGCUUCCCGAUCCCUCCCUCGACACCGUCUUUCUGUGGAACAGCGGCGGAGAGGCCGUCGAGGCGUCGAUCAAGCUCGCCCGCAUGGCGACCAAGAAGCAGAACGUCAUCGUCAUGCAGGGAUCGUACCACGGGCGGACCUUUGGCACCAUGUCGCUCACGCGAUCAAAGACGGUGUACAUGGAGGGCUUUGGUCCCCUCAUGUCUGGUGUCUACACGACGGCCUUCCCCUACUACUCGCAGCUCGGCCUCCCCGCCGACACACCCGAGGAGACACUUGUUGCCUCGUCGUUGCACCAGCUCAACCUUGUUCUGGCCCAGCAGUCGGCUCCCAAGGACACGGCGGCCAUCCUCAUCGAGACAGUCGUGGGCGAGGGCGGCUACGUGCCUGCGCCACCUGCUUUCCUCCACGGCCUGCGCUCCAUCUGCGACAAGCACGGCAUCCUCCUCAUCUGUGACGAGGUCCAGUCCGGGUGCGGCCGCACGGGCAAGAUGUGGGCCGUCGAGCACAGCGGUGUUCGGCCCGAUGUCCUCAUCUUUGCAAAGGGCAUCGCAAACGGCUUUCCCCUCAGCGGCAUCGCCAGCAGAAAGGAGCUCAUGGACCUGCAGCCGCCGGGCAGCAUGGGUGGUACCUACUCGGGCAAUGCCGUCGCGUGCGCAGCGGCCAGCGCCGUUCUCAAGACGUUUGACGAGGAGCGCAUCCUCGACAAUGUCGCAAAGAGGCACGAGCAGCUCGUCGGCUUCCUCAAGUCGAUUCAGAAGUCGGGCACAAAGGCCGGCAACCUGAUUCAGGACAUCCGUGGCCAAGGCCUGAUGAUUGGUCUCCAGUUUGUCCACCCAAAGACGAAGGCAGCCAUCACUGUCAAUGCCGGCUCCCAGAAUGCGACAGUGGCCGAGGACCCGUGGCUGUACGGGCCUGGCGCCGAGCAGAUUGCGCCAAAGGUCGUCCAGGGCUGCAUCAAGCGAGGCAUGCUCCUUCUCAGCACGAGCUGCUUCGAUGUCAUUCGCUUCAUCCCAGCGCUCAACAUCACUGAAAAGGAGCUUGACGAGGCCUGCCGCAUCUUCAAGGAGGCCCUCGAAGAAGUGGCCCAAACCAUCGGUGCAUAGAGCAGCAAGACAACGAAGACGUGUGUAUGCGUGUGUGUAAUAAUAGUAGCAUCAAAGCGGGCCGUGAGCCUAUGGAAUUCGAGGGUACAGGUCCGUCCGUCUCUGGUCCCAGAGCGGCAUCUCUCUCCGGACAUUCUCCAACGAGUCCAG